GCCUUUCUUCGUUGAAUGCCRGUGCAGGAGUCAAAGGUUUUGUACCUUGUCUUAAAAAUACCCUCUUUAAAUAUAUUUUWAAAUGCUUUCUAGAGCAGUAAUACGUCCACAGGGAGUAACUACCCUUGCUAGACUCUCUCGGCAGUUUUCUUCAACUACUCAGAGGCAGUCAAAGGUAGCUGUUCUAGGUGCUGCUGGUGGUAUUGGUCAGCCUAUGUCGCUUCUCUUGAAGCAAUCUCCUCUUGUUAGUCAUCUUGCCUUGUACGACAUCGUCAACACUCCAGGUGUUGCUGCUGAUCUGAGUCACAUUUCGACCAGAGCUAAGGUGUCCAGCCAUCAAGGCCCAGAUGAGCUCAAAAAUGCUCUAGAAGGAUGUGACGUUGUGGCUAUCCCAGCUGGUGUACCUAGAAAACCUGGCAUGACCCGUGACGAUCUUUUCAACACCAAUGCUUCUAUCGUCCAGAACCUUGCAGAAGCCUGUGCCAAGUAUUGUCCGAAGGCUAUUAUCUGUAUCAUUUCCAAUCCUGUGAAUUCAACUGUUCCAAUUGCAAGUGAAGUGUACAAGAAAGCUGGAGUCUAUGAUCCAAACAGAAUUUUGGGCGUCACAACUCUGGAUAUUGUGCGUGCUAAUGCUUUUGUGGCUGAGGCAAAGGGACUUGACGUAAAUGAUGUCAGCGUGCCUGUUAUYGGCGGACACUCUGGUGUGACUAUACUACCACUCCUAUCACAGACCACACCGAAARUGUCUUUUACUCAAGAAGAGACUGAAAAACUAACAGACCGAAUUCAGAAUGCAGGCACAGAAGUAGUCAAUGCCAAGGCUGGUGCCGGAUCUGCCACUCUUUCUAUGGCUUUCGCUGGCAACCAAUUCAUUGCCUCUGUUCUUGAAGCAAUGAGUGGGAAGUCUGGUGUAAUUCAGUGUGCAUUUGUAAAAUCAGAUGUCACUGAUGCACCCUACUUUGCCACACCUAUUGAACUUGGGAAAGAUGGAGUUACUAAGAAUCUUGGAAUGGGACAGUUGUCUGAAUAUGAAACCAAAAAAAUGGAAGAGGUUCUUUCAGAGUUAAAGAAAAACAUUGCCAAAGGAGAAGCAUUUGUCCAAAAGUGAAUGGAUAUUUAAAAAGAAAGUGUGAACAAACUGAAAAUUCAGUAUUACCAUAUUUUAUGUAAAAGAGAAUUGUCGAUUGAGUCGUUAGACUGUGUGCUGGUCAUUUUUAAUAAUUGCACAAAUAAAUUUAAAACUUC